AUGGAGCGGUACCAUCCCUCCGAGGUGUACGAGCUCUUCGUGCGCCACAUGAACACCCCGAGGGUGGUGGUGGACAACGGCGUGUGCGCGACGGCGACGCUGGUGCAGGUGCACAGCGCGAGGAAGCACGGCGUGCUGCUCGAGGCGGUGGCGGCCCUGUCCGACCACGGCGUCUGCGUCCGCAAGGGCUACAUCUCCUCCGACGACGGCCGCUGGUUCAUGGACGUCUUUCACGUCACCGACGCCGCGGGACGCAAGGUGGCCGACGCCGACGCCCUGCUGGCGCGGCUCGAGUCCUCGCUCUCCGCGGACGCAUUGCCGCCCCGCACGCCGCCCUCCGCCACCGUGGGAGCUGGGAUGCCCACCCUGCUCGAGCUCGUCGGCGCCGACCGCCCGGGCCUCCUCUCCGAGGUCUUCGCCGUGCUGCACGACCUCCGCUGCGGCAUCGCCGACGCCAGGGCCUGGACGCACGGCGGCCGCGUCGCCGCGCUCGUGUUCGUGCGCGACGAGGAGACGGGCGCGCCCAUCGACGACGCGGCGCGGGUCAGGCGCGUGGAGUCCAGGCUCAGGCACGUCCUCCGCGGCGGCGCGCUCGGCGCGAGGAUGGUCCGGGCAGACGCCGCGGCCGUCAACAUGGACCGGAGGCUCCACCAGCUUCUCAACGAGGACGGGGAGGCCGAGAGCCGCGCCGACCAGGCGGAGGCGACGGCGGUCGCCGUGCAGGAUUGGGGGGAGAGGGGGUACUCGGUGGUCACCGUGAGCUGCCGUGACCGGCCCAAGCUGCUCUUCGACGUCGUCUGCACCUUGACGGACUUGGAUUACGUGGUGUACCACGGCACGUUCGAUACGGACGGCGAUCACGCCCAGCAGGAGUUCUACAUCAGGCGGUUGGACGGGCAGCCAAUUAGCUCGGCGGCCGAGAGGCGGCGCGUGAUCCAAUGCUUGCAAGCGGCCAUCGAGAGGCGCGCAUCCGAGGGCGUGAGGCUGGAGCUGCGCAUCGCCGACCGCCGCGGGCUGCUCGCCUACGUCACGCGCGUGUUCCGGGAGAACAGCCUCUCGGUCACGCACGCCGAGAUCACCACCAGGGGCGACAUGGCCAUGAACGUGUUCCACGUCACCGACGUGGCCGGCCGGCCCGCGGACCCCAAGACCAUCGACGAGGUGAUCCAGAGGAUCGGCACGGAGAGCCUCCGGGUUGACGAGGAACGGUGGCCGCGCCUGUGCUCGACGGAGGGCGACGCGGGCCGCGGCGGCGGUGCGGGGAUCUUCUCGCUCGGGAGCCUUGUGAAAAAGAACCUGGCCAGCCUCGGCCUCAUAAGAUCCUGCUCAUGA